AUGGUUUUAUAUUUUGAAAACAAGCAUCGGUUCAAUUUUGAUUUUGAAACUGCCAGUUUAGCAUUUAUCAAUCGAUAUCCCAACCCAUAUUCCCAGCAUGUGUUAUCAGUAGACACAUUAGAGUCGUAUGUUGAUAAACAAGGACGAUUAUGCACCACGCGAGUCAUUGUCAAGACGGGCAAAUUGCCCAAGUUUAUAAAACCCUUUCUUGGUGUUACUAAUUUGAACUCAUGGAUUAUUGAAAAAUCGAUAAUAAACCCCAGGACAAACACGCUACUUUCAUAUACAAGUAAUAUUGAUCAUCGGAAGUUUAUCCGUGUGGAGGAGUAUUUAAUGUAUCAUAGUGAGAAUGAGGAAAGUGGAGGCGUGGUGGGUGUAGGUACUAUUGUCGACUCAAAAGUUAAGUUUUCUUCCAAUUUGUUCGGAUUGAAGCUGAAGAUUGAAGAAUGGAGUCACAAGAGGUUUAUGAAGAAUAUACAAAACACAAGGGAAGGGUUGAAUUUUGUCAUGAUGAAGGUCAAAGAAAGAGGAAGAAAUUAUUUGACAAAAGGGAAAACAACUAUAGAUAUGUAG